CUUGCAUGUGGAGCGUCUGCUGGCGGUCGGACUUUCUGCACCAGGGUUCGCGCCACUGCGGGGGGAAAAGCAGCAGCAGCAGCAGCAGCGGCGGAGAUGGAGAUGGAUUGCUGAUAUCUGCCUGUCCCGUUUCCCGUUCCUUUUUCACCCGGCUGACGUCAUGCUCCACGUCUCUCCAUAGUUUUAGCCGAACAAAAUGAGGAUUUCUUGCCAUCAGCUUUUACUGAUAUUUUCCUGCGUUCGCGGACUCGCCAUGGGGGCUUUUCCGAGCAGCGUUCAAAUCGGCGGGUUGUUCAUCAGAAACACAGAUCAGGAGUACACUGCCUUUCGCUUGGCCAUAUUUCUGCACAACACGAGCCCCAAUGCGUCGGAGGCACCCUUUAACCUGGUGCCCCAUGUGGACAACAUUGAGACAGCUAACAGCUUCGCUGUCACCAACGCCUUCUGCUCGCAGUACUCGAGGGGCGUAUUCGCCAUUUUCGGCCUGUACGACAAGCGCUCUGUGCACACGCUGACGUCCUUCUGCGGAGCACUGCACAUCUCCCUCAUCACGCCCAGUUUCCCCAUCGAGGGUGAGAGUCAGUUUGUGCUGCAGUUGAGGCCGUCUAUACGAGGAGCGCUGCUCAGCAUCCUCGACCACUACGACUGGAACCGCUUCGUCUUUCUAUAUGACACCGAUCGGGGAUACUCUAUCCUCCAGGCCAUCAUGGAAAAAGCAGGUCAGAAUGGCUGGCAGGUCAGUGCAAUCUGCGUGGAGAACUUCAACGAUGCAAACUACCGGCAGCUCCUGGAGGACCUGGACCGCAGGCAGGAGAAAACCUUUGUCAUAGACCUGGAGCCAGAACGACUCACCAACAUGCUGGAGCAGAUCGUGAGCGUUGGCAAGCAUGUCAAAGGCUACCAUUACAUCAUGGCAAAUUUGGGUUUUAAGGACAUCAAUCUGGAGCGUUUCAUGCAUGGCGGGGCAAACGUGACAGGCUUUCAGCUGGUGGACUUCAGCAAUCCCAUGGUGAUUAAACUCCUGCAGCGCUGGAACAAGCUGGACCAGAGAGAGUACCCCGGUUCAGACGUUCCUCCCAAGUACACCUCCGCUCUGACAUACGACGGAGUGAUGGUGAUGGCAGAAGCCUUUAGGAACCUGCGCAGGCAGAAGGUGGACAUCUCGCGCAGAGGCAAUGCCGGAGACUGUCUGGCAAAUCCAGCAGCUCCCUGGAACCAAGGCAUCGACAUGGAGCGCACACUAAAACAGGUCCGGCUCCAAGGAUUAACAGGAAAUGUCCAAUUUGACCACUAUGGGCGGCGAGUCAACUACACUAUGGACGUGUUCGAGUUGAAAAGCAACGGCCCCAGAAGAAUUGGCUACUGGAAUGAUGCUGAUAAGUUGGUCCUGAUCCAGGACCAAGCCUUGCUUCCAAACGAAACAUCAGGAAUGGAUAACAGGACAGUGAUCGUGACAACUAUUAUGGAAGGCCCAUAUGUGAUGCUGAAGAAAAACUGGGAGAAUUACGAGGGUAAUGACAGGUAUGAGGGAUACUGUGUGGAUCUGGCAUAUGAGAUCGCCAACCACAUUGGCAUCAAAUACAAGAUCUCUAUCGUGCCGGACGGGAAGUACGGAGCUCGGGACCCAGACACGAAGAUCUGGAACGGCAUGGUUGGGGAGCUGGUGUACGGGAAAGCGGAAAUCGCUGUGGCCCCAUUGACUAUUACCUUGGUCCGGGAGGAGGUCAUUGACUUCUCUAAACCAUUCAUGAGCUUGGGCAUCUCCAUUAUGAUCAAAAAGCCACAGAAGUCCAAGCCAGGUGUAUUCUCCUUCCUGGACCCACUGGCCUACGAGAUCUGGAUGUGCAUCGUGUUCGCCUACAUUGGCGUGAGCGUGGUGCUCUUCCUGGUCAGCCGCUUCAGCCCGUAUGAGUGGCAUACCGAGGAGCCCGAAGAGGGCACCGACGGUCCGCCCAGUGACCAGCCCCCCAACGAGUUCAGCAUCUUCAACAGUCUCUGGUUCUCCCUGGGAGCCUUCAUGCAGCAGGGGUGUGACAUCUCACCCAGGUCUCUGUCCGGUCGUAUCGUGGGAGGUGUCUGGUGGUUCUUCACCUUAAUCAUCAUCUCCUCCUACACAGCUAACUUGGCUGCCUUCCUCACCGUAGAGAGAAUGGUGUCACCCAUCGAGAGUGCCGAAGACCUGGCCAAGCAAACAGACAUAGCAUACGGUACUCUAGACUCAGGCUCCACCAAAGAGUUUUUCAGGCGGUCAAAGAUCGCCGUAUAUGAGAAAAUGUGGAGUUACAUGAAGUCAGCUGAGCCCACGGUGUUCACCAAGACCACGGCAGAGGGCGUGGCUCGCGUGAGGAAGUCUAAGGGGAAGUACGCCUUCUUGCUGGAAUCCACCAUGAACGAGUACACGGAGCAGCGCAAGCCCUGUGACACCAUGAAGGUCGGAGGCAACCUGGACUCCAAAGGCUACGGAGUGGCUACGCCCAAGGGCUCACAGUUAAGAAGUGCAGUUAACCUGGCAGUUUUAAAACUGAAUGAACAAGGCCUGUUGGACAAAUUGAAAAACAAGUGGUGGUACGACAAAGGAGAGUGUGGCAGCGGAGGAGGUGGUGAGAAGAACUCCCGUAAACCUUGCCGUUUUGAAACUGAGUGAAUCAGGCAUCUUAGACAAGCUGAAAAACAAAUGGUGGUACGAUAAGGGCGAGUGUGGACCCAAGGACUCGGGAAGUAAGGUCAGUCUCCUCAAGUCUGGGACCAUCACUGUUGUCUAAUGCUCGCACGGACAUGGUGACAGCCUGUGUGUCAGUGAGAACGAGUGAGAAAUAGAGAAGGAGAGAGAGAGAUAGCAAGCACAAUCAUGCAUUAAGAUAGAGCAUGCUGAAGAGAGAAAAGAGAAAGAGAUGCCAGUGUUACUAUGCAUCACUUAUGUAAUAAAUGAAAAUAACAAUUGGACCAUGUUCUUGACUCAGUUUAUAGAGUCUCACUACAGCAGGAAAGACCAGUAUUUUACUACAGGAGGACAAAAACAUUAUCAUACUUUCCAGACUAUAAGUCGCUUUAUUUUCUGCAAUUUGUUUUCUUUUUUGUUGUUGUUUUUUUUUUCUUAUAGCAAGGAUUGGUACUUAAAUAAAUUUUAAUUCACUGCGUAAAUACUUAAAUAACAUACAUCAUAACAUCUAAAUAACAAAUCAUAUGCAAAUUCCUAAUAUAUUAAAAUGACUUCCUUAUCAAACUGCUUAAAUGAAUGCGAAAUACAGAAUCUCACAAUCACUACAAUCACUAUAUGAUAAAUAAUCAUAAUCAAGCCAUGUUGUAUAUAUAUAGGACAUCUUUCUAUCAGAACCAGCAUUAAAUUAAUUAAUAUCCCACCCACUAACAGGUGCCAUGAUGAGGAGAUAAUCAGUCUUAUUCACUUCCUGCCAGUGCUCAAAAUGGUAUAUAUAUAUAUAUAUAUAUAUGUAUAUAUAUAUUCAACCACAUAAAUGAUCAACCAAAGGGAAAAGAGGGAGGGGAAAUAUCACUUCUCAACUACAAUUCUUGUUCUUUUUAUUUAUUUAUUUUGUAGAUUUUUAAUGUAUAAAGAAGUUAUAAGUGAUAAAAAUGGAAGAAAAUAUCUAGAUAUAGAUAUUUGGACAUGGCUGAUAAUUCUCUAAGCAGACAGAAGUAACUUCACAGUGACUUAUUGUCCGGAAAAUAUGGUAAUUGGCAUUGGUUUUGGACUUAAAUAUAAGAUAACACAGUCCGCUGGGCGAUCAUGUCACAUUCAGAAGCAUUUUAUAAAUCGUUCAGGAAAAAAUGCUGGAUUUAUAAAAGUAAUUGUGCUGAAACUUGUGAGGUGAUUUUUUUUUGGAGUAGACUUAAUAGAAUAUGAAUUUUAUACUUUCUAAAUACAAACUGCUACAAAAUACAGAAAUCUGUUGUUAUGGUCGUAAAAGCCAAAUUUUAGACAUGGUCAAUGAUGAUCUAUGAUCUAUCUGUUCAACAACAGUUAAUUUAGCUCAGACGUGGGUUUCUUACAUAAUGAAAUUGUAAAAAGUAUGCAUUAAUGCUUAAUAACAACGUCAUAAAUACCAGAUUAAUAAUUAAUUGAUUAAAGUCUGAAAUCAUUAAUUUGGUAUACGGGCUUCAUAGUGGUUUAAAUCCCAAUGGACCUCCUACAUGUCAUUUAAGGACAUACAGUUCCAGGCUCCAAUAUAAUAAUGAUAAUAAUAAUAAUAAUAAUAAUAAUAAUAAUAAUAAUAAAUAGCUACUUCUCAGUCUGUGGGGCCUAAUCACAGCACCUCCAGUCUGACCCUUUCACUCGUCUUCAAGUUUGUAAUUGUGUCCUGUGUUUAUUACAUCCUAAACUCUAUAGUAUUAUUUUCUGUAUCAGUUACUCAUUCUUGGCAAAGUUUUAACUCCUCAUCAUGUCCACACACACACACACACACACACACACAAUGUAAUGCCCCUCUUCUUCUCUACUAUUCAAUGAGUUUAUAGCAGUCUUAGCUUAUCAGUUCAUACACAGACACAGUGCUUGGUUAAAUCUAUAACACUGACCAUAUUAAUCGCUGUUUUUGAGAAGGUAAUCCUCAAUGUUAGCAUUAUCACUAAGGUUAGCCAGCUAACAUGCUGCUAACGCUAUCUCCUAUUGUCAGCUGGCUAGCUUGCAUCUACCACUACUGACUUUUAUCCGCUGGCUAGCUUACAGCUAACACUACUUGCUAUUAUCUGCUAGCUAGCUUGCCGCUAACACUAGUCUCUAUUAUCUGCUAGCUAGCUUGCUGCUAACACUGCUCACUAUUGUCUGCUAUUGUUCCUGUGCUGCAAUUCCACUCUGAAAUAUUGCAGAAAUAUUUGAAGAUCACUACAAUAGAACACUAUCACUAGCCACCUAGGCCUGUAACGCUUAAAGUGUGGUUAAAGCAAGACGUAGCAAACUAAAGAUCGUGGAGGAGUCUCGUGUAUUUUUUUUUUUUUACCUUAUGACCGUGAAAUGACUCCUUACAAACACAGCAUAUGUAUAGAUAGUAUAGCAGCAACAAAUAGUUUUGUAGAGUUUUCAUGUUUAUACAAUACAGAAAAUAGAAUGUUACCUCACAAAUUUUGAUAAUAAGGUGUACCUUAUUCUUUUAUCCUCCAGCAUAAAAGAAAGCAUAAUGCAGUGCUUAUGAAUGUGUUAUGAAGACCCAACCACUUGAACCUAAUUGCUCAUCACAAAUACAAAUAAAAAAAACAAGUAACACAGUCAAGGAGUCAUGAAGCUUGUUCCGGGGCAGCCAGGCUACUGACUUGUCCACCCAUGCAGUGUCAGACAGCUCAUAGUGUGUAAGAGCAGGGUUUAGUACUGCACACCAGAGCUGAUUAACCCUGUGUUCACACUAGCAAGCAACAAGUCGCUGAUGUCACUUGUGUGCCUCUUUUCAGGGUAUUGCAUUUCUCUACUGUUGUAACUUGUGCUGUUUUUGAUUGUUUAUUUUAAAAUAAGAAGCAAUGGUAGCUACUAAGUAUACAGCUUCUGUAGCUAAUAAGUUAAAAUACACUAAUCUGUGAUUGCCAUGUUACAUGCUAGCUGGAUUAGAAAAGCAAGCUUACUGUACUAGCUAUAUACGCUCGCCUGAGGCAACAACAACGUCUCUGCUACUCCCUCCCAAGCUUUAUUUUUGUUCAAACAUAGAUUCUCAAUGCACAUUUAAUGAGUAGUCAUAUAAAUGACAGGAUAUGACAUGUGAAAUAACGCUUAAAAGCCUCCCUUCCAUUUCAUCAAACUAUAAUUGGGAACUAAUUGCAGGUAGGAGAUAAAGUUUUGAGUAGUUGUGAGGGAAAUUGAAGAAAUGUCAGACCACAUUCACCAGAGAAUAGAUCCAAGGAAUCGUUCCAGACACUUGCUUGGGUUUAUGGCGUCAUGCCUAGUUUGUAAAGAAUUGAGAUAAUCAGAUGACGCUUCUUAUGACGCGCUGCAGUUUUUGUGGAUGAAAUGGCAGCUCCAUGUCAUAUUCGUACAUAGAAUUUGAACCAUCACCUGCCACUCUGUAGCUUGGGAGUGUGAACAUAGCAUAAUCAUGCUCUAAUUGCUCCAGGUUAAACUGCAGUCAAAGGAUUGAUGCCUGAUUAGAAUAAACAGAUAAAGGUGCAAAAUCAGUACUAAAAGGAUGCAAAUAGUGUAGUCUGGAGACACAUCAUAGCAGUGAGAAUUGAUUUCUGUAUGCAUUAUAGAUGUGUAGGUGUAUGUGUGUAACUGUGUGUGUGUGUGUGUGUGUUAGUAAAUGUGUGUGAUAGAGCGAGAGAGAUAUAGAAUGUAAUCUUGUAGUAAUCAUAUCUAUGAGUGAGUAGACUCGUGAUUUGUGACUGAAUGUCUGUGUUGUGAGUUAUCUGUUCUUUGACAUAUAUUUCAUCUUUCUAACUGUGUCCCCUCUAUCCUCCCACCUCCAGGACAAGAGCUCGCAGGCCCUGAGCCUCAGUAACGUGGCUGGGGUCUUCUACAUCCUGGUCGGGGGUCUGGGCCUGGCCAUGUUGGUGGCCCUCAUCGAGUUCUGCUACAAGUCACGCAAUGAGGCCAAGAGAAUGAAGGUGGA